UCCCUUCUUCCCAUCUGCGUCCUCUCUCGCGGCUCCCGCGUUGCAUCAUCUCCAGCCUGUGGCCGCUGUGGGAAGGCUGGGCGCGGCGCGAUCCACUCAGGCCGUGGCUCCAGCCUGCUUUCCCGUGUCUCUCCUGGCCCUUUCCCACCUGCUUCUGCACCCACGCCGGGAGCUCCCCGCCCGCCGGCUCCCAGAACCCGCGGAGCGCAACCGGCGGACGUCGCCAGCUCUGCCUGAUCCGUUCAUUGAGAGCCCGGCUUAUCCCAGAGCCAAGUCUCCCGCCUCCUCCAGCUCGGCGCCGCGAGCAGCGCCAUGGAGAAGAGUAGCGAAACCAACGGCUACCUGGACGGCGCCCAGACGGGGCCUGCAGCAGGGCCUGGCGCGCCCGGGUCCGCGGUGGGACACGCGCGGCGCUGCGCGGGCUUCCUACGGCGGCACGCGCUGGUGCUGUUCACCGUGUCCGGAGUGGUGGCGGGCGCCGGCCUGGGCGCGGCGCUGCGCGGGCUUGGCCUCACCCGCACGCAGGUCGCCUACCUGUCCUUCCCCGGCGAGAUGCUGCUCCGCAUGCUGCGCAUGAUCAUCCUGCCGCUGGUAGUCUGCAGCCUGGUGUCGGGCGCCGCCUCCCUCGACGCCAGUUCUCUCGGGCGCCUGGGCGGCAUCGCCAUCGCCUACUUCGGCCUCACCACGCUUGGCGCCUCGGCGCUCGCUGUCGCUUUGGCGUUCAUCAUCAAGCCUGGGUCUGGCGCGCAGACCCUCCAGUCCAGUGACCUGGGGCUGGAGGAGUCGGGGUCCCCUCCGGUCCCCAAAGAGACAGUGGACUCUUUCCUCGACCUGGCCAGGUAA